AUGGCGGCCUUCUCCUUCUCCAUCCUCUUCAUCUUCCUCCUCCUCUUCCUCCUCCCGCUGGCCACCGCCGCUCCGCGGAGGCCACCGCGCUGCUCGCCCCCCUGCAGCUGCUGGAGGGAGUCGGCGCUGUGCGUGGGGGCUGCGGGGGCUCCCCGCACCUUGCCCGCCGGCCUGGGCUCUUUGAGCCUGGUCAACGGGACCUUCUCGGAACUCAAGGACAGGAUGUUUUCCCACCUGCCCUCUCUGCAGCUGCUCUUGCUGAACUCCAACUCCUUCACCGUUAUACGAGAUGAUGCCUUUGCUGGUCUCUUCCACCUAGAAUACCUAUUCAUUGAAGGAAACAAAAUUGAAACCAUUUCAAGGAAUGCAUUCCGUGGCCUUCGAGACCUGACUCACCUUUCUCUGGCCAAUAACCACCUCAAAGCUCUGCCAAGGGAUGUCUUCAGUGAUUUAGACUCUCUAAUUGAACUAGAUUUAAGGGGAAAUAAAUUUGAGUGUGACUGCAAAGCCAAGUGGUUGUUUUUGUGGUUAAAGAUGACAAAUUCCACUGUUUCUGAUGUCCUGUGUAUUGGUCCAGCAGAAUAUCAGGAUAAGAAGUUAAAUGAUGUGACAAGUUUUGAUUAUGAAUGCACCACUACAGAUUUUGUUGUUCAUCAGAUUUUGCCCUACCAGUCCGUUUCGGUGGACACCUUCAACUCAAAGAAUGAUGUGUUCGUAGCCAUUGCGCAACCCAGCAUGGAGAACUGCAUGGUGCUAGAGUGGGAUCACAUUGAGAUGAAUUUCAGGAGUUAUGACAAUAUCACAGGUCAGUCCAUAGUGGGAUGUAAAGCCAUUCUUGUUGGUGACCAAGUCUUUGUGGUGGUGGCACAGCUCUUUGGUGGCUCACACAUUUACAAGUAUGACGAAAGCUGGACAAAGUUUGUCAAAUUCCAGGAUAUCGAAGUGUCUCGCAUUUCCAAGCCAAACGAUAUAGAGCUUUUCGAGAUAGACAGUGAAAUGUUUUUUGUCAUAGCAGAUAGCUCUAAAGCAGGCUUGUCAACAGUGUACAAGUGGAAUAACAAAGGAUUUUACUCAUACCAGUCCCUUCACGAGUGGUUCAGGGACACCGAUGCCGAGUUUCUUGAUAUAGAUGGGAAAUCGUAUUUAAUCCUCUCCAGCCGCUCGCAGGUUCCCAUCAUACUCCAGUGGAACAAAGCUUCCAAAAAGUUUGUCCCUCACAGCGAAAUCCCCAACAUGGAAGACGUCUUGGCUGUGAAGAGUUUCAGGAUGCAAGACAGCCUGUACAUCACCCUCACCCGAUUCAUCGGUGACUCCAGGGUUAUGAAAUGGAACAGCAAACAGUUUGUGGAGAUCCAGGCUCUUCCAUCCCGAGGAGCCAUGACACUGCAGCCUUUCUCCUUCAAGAACAAUUACUACCUAGCCUUGGGAAGUGACUAUACCUUCUCCCAGAUUUACCAGUGGGACGGGGAAAAGAAGAUCUUCAGGUUAUUUAAAGAAAUCUACGUGCAAGCGCCACGGUCCUUCACGGCUGUGUCAACGGAUCGAAGAGAUUUCUUCUUUGCCUCUAGUUUUAAAGGAAACACUCAAAUAUUUGAACACAUCGUCAUUGACUUGAGUUUAUGAAAAGCUGCUGGAGUGAAAUUCGCGUAGAAUGACAUUUAUACACAAAGCAAAAAGAGACCUUUCCAAAAAACAGGGUGCACCUAUGGAGCCUGAUGACAUUUUCUGAACUUUUCAAACUUGCAUAUUAAUCAGGGAUUGCAUCUACUUGGUUACUGCAUGACAUGUCCGUCUUAUUCUUUUUCAAAGACACUUUGCAAUCUGCAGCCAUCCAGAGGAGAGCACAGUGCAUGAGGGUUAAUGUCCACAUCUAAGAGAAUGAUCUAAGUUUUACCCAGAAAACUACCUUGAAUUGAACAUCUCAUAACGAAAGCGAAGAGUAAGCCAUACAAAGCGUAGAAAUUAUCUUCACUCUUAAACGAACAUGUUAGUAGUGAGUUUUAAGAUUAGAGCCAGUUCUUCAUGGUUGCUAAUGAAUUAUAGAAGUGAACAGGAAUGUUCCAGAAUACACUUUGUUUUGGUUUCUUGAGGUCUGUCUUCAAAAUAUAUCUUUGUGGUUUAUAGUAAGGCCAAGGCAUCAUUUUAAUUCACUGUAGAUUAAAGGGAAAUUCAGAAUCUAUUGCCAUUUUUCUUCCGUUAGUCACUAUUUCAGCAACAAACUGUGCACAACCAGUAGCCCAGCCCACAGUAGCUGGGUUGCUGGGAAAAGAAGGGUAUGUCACUUCUAGACACUGAGAUGUCCACAAGUUAACACAGACUGAUAAUAACAGAGGUCUGUGUGGGACCAUGAAUGAAUCGACUACAAGUUCUUUCCACUUUCUGUUUUAAUAAGUAUUCCGCUCCAUUUUGCCCCAAUUUACACUCUUCCUGAUGAUCCCAGUAGACUCUGGGGUGCUUAAAGAAGUAAAUCUGUAGAGAUCUCUCACUCUGGAAGGUGCAGCUUAAGUUUAGCCUGAACCAUCUACAUUCACCUUCUCCAAGCUGUAGCUCAUCUGUAGGCAAUGAGACGGUUUGUUCUCCAGUGUUCUCCCCUCAGCACAGCUCACAAGCAAUAAAUUCAGGUUUUGGUCAUCACAAGCUGUUGUUUGGGGAAUCCUCCUUCUGGCUGAGGUCUGAAUAUGACCUCGGUAUCACCAAGUCUUUUGAAACCAAGGCAGAUUUUGAAAGCAAGGAGCUGUUUCAGGCUGGAGCUAACCCUGUCUCCAAGAAGAAAGGUUUCCUCUUGGUAGCCCCAGCCUUUUGCCAGGUUGCCAAGCCAUUGAAGGUGGAACAGGAGGACAUUGCUGCACUGAUGUUUUGGGUGGCUACAGACCAAGGCAUUUGGUCUCAUAUCCUAAAAUAGGGCAGUCCUGGCACGCAGAGCCUCCGUCAGGAUAUGGAAAGGCUCUCCACCAUCCUUACCCAACAAAGUUAUGUAUCAGAGCCCUUCUUAGUUCACUUAGACAAUAUAUUCCUUUAAGUUUUCACACCACUUAGCACACGAGGUUGUUUUCUCAUCUCUUGCUGCUGCAUUUCUGCAGAGGAUAAUAGGGAAGCUUUGCAUAAAGCAGACAGAGAAAGGAAACUGUCCUUUGUUCCCUCACGCUCAGGGCUCUCUCACCAGCUCCUUGUGGACAGAGCUUCACGCUUCUUCCCCUGGACACCUGAAACAUGGCCUGUUAGCACAAAUAGAGAUGUUCUCAUAGGCUUUCUGGCAUCCGAGAUGUGAGCAGUGCUGCGGGAGAGGAUUAUGCACAAGGAGUCCCACGAGGAGUUGUAACCUGCCAGUGACCUGCCAUAUCUCAGCCUUCCCCAAAUUUCGCCUCGCUGCUGUGAAAUAAAAUUAUUACUGGCCUGUCAGAGUCAUAACUCAUUUUCUUCUGUUUUAAAAGUGCACAUUAGGUGGGGGUUUUUUCCUAUGGAGGUACUCAUCUUGGGUUUAUUUUCAAUGACACUGGCAACUUAGCCCAUCUGAAGUAUUGCACUCUGCCCUCCCAGUGC